AUGACAGUCUCUUGUAGAAAGAAAGUGAGAUCUCGAAAGAGUGUUUUCAAUCUUUGGAUUCCAACUAAAGCCGCUACCUACAACAAAUGCGGUCCUUUUGCAUCUGAUUCCCCCAUUUCCGACGCCAGUCCUACUUCUGAACCUAUCAUCACCACUGAUCCGGGCAAAGACCGACUCAAGAUCCGACUGACACGGAGUGGCUCCAAGCUCCUGUUGUUACUGGGUCUGGGGAGCUCUGCAAACAGUAAUAAGACGAGUGUGGAAUCUGUCUCAUGCGAAGACCCACAAAGUGCAGAGCCGCGAAGUCCACCCCUUAAUACAACGGAACACAAUCAUAUUCAUACCACUAGUGACAAUUCACCAGAAUGCGAAUCACCCACCACUAACUUUGAGCCUGAGGCUCGCAGGCCGCUCCCCUCGACGGGACUUCAAUCACCUGCUGAACUUGAAGAGUCCGUACAGCAUAAUGGUGAAGGUGACGAUGGUGGAUUCAUAACAGCCACCGGGCAUCAAAGAACCCCUAGUGCCAGGUUUGUCAAUCGACUCUCCCGAAGACUCUCCAUGACAUUUGGCAAACCCACAGUGAUUCGCCGUACUCACUUUCGCUCGAGGCCGGUUAUUCCUUUCCUCGAGUCUCCGAUAUCUCCUGAACCAAAGAUUAAACAAGAAGAUGGGGCAAAUGACAGCUCCGGUCCUUCAACAGCACCCAGCAGCAAUAGUUCCCCACUUGGACACUCUACUCCUCUCACUCCGGCUACAUCUGCGGAGCCGUCACCUUCAAAAGAGAAGUACAAAGAUUCUGUAACAAAUUUACAGUCUCUGCCAGACUGUGCACCCGAUGUGGCUGUUUCUCAGACCACAAAGGGAAGCAAGUUCCCAAUUAUUGCGCCAUCCAUUGUGACUGUGGAGGCAGCCACCGUGGCCAAGGUAUUCCUGGAACUUUAUUUCAACUCGAUAUUCCAGAACAGCGAUCCACGCUCACAGCGACAGCAGGAGCUUGAGCAGCGUAUGUAUUCAAUUCAGCUUGCACCCGAUGAGCAAUUUGCGGCGAGAUGCAAUUGGUUGCUGCAGGAGAACGAACAUCUUCGGCAAUGUCGGACUCUCAAGGCUAUGCGGUCCAUUGGGGGUGAUAAUUCAAUCUCAGUGGCGGGCUAUGAAGCCAUCAAGGUUCUUGGAAAGGGGAGUUUUGGUGUAGUUCGGUUGGUACGUGAGAAAGGGAGUAAAAAGCCCACUCGCGAGGAAGAUUUCUCAAUUGGGGAGGAAGUUCCCAUCGCCCGAGGCCAUCCCCUCGACAUGCUAAAGUCUGCUGUCGAUGGAAAAAAAAACAAUCGCCGAAGAUCUAUGAUUGGCGAAAAUAAGGACGUUUAUGCGAUGAAAGUGAUCAAGAAAUCUGACAUGAUCCGGAAUUCUCAAGAAGGCCACAUCCGAGCUGAGAGAGAUUUCCUGGUUGCAUCUGAAAAGUCUCGCUGGGUGGUCCCACUGAUCGCGAGCUUUCAAGAUGGAAACCACUUGUAUCUCGUCAUGGACUACAUGGUUGGUGGAGACUUUUUAGGGUUGUUGAUUCGGAAAGACAUACUCCGCGAAGACUGGACAAAAUUUUAUAUUGCGGAAAUGAUCUUGUGCAUUGAGGAAGCCCAUCGACUGUGCUGGAUUCAUCGUGAUGUCAAGCCCGACAAUUUCCUCGUUUCUGCUUCAGGUCAUUUGAAGAUCUCUGAUUUCGGCUUAGCUUUCAAUGGACAUUGGUCGCAUGAUCAGUCCUACUACUACAGUCAUCGCUAUUCUUUACUUGAGAAACUUGGCAUCACAGUCACUGGUGAUGCUGAAGACCAAAAGGAUACGGCGGAAGCGCGAAAGAAUCCAUCAAAGGCCGCUUGCGACCCACAGAGUCUGAUUGAUUAUUAUAAUUAUCAUGCACCCACCACAAAUCUACUGGCCUGGCGCAACAGCAAAGAGAGGCGGCGAUUUGCCAAAAGCGUGGUUGGGACUAGUCAGUAUAUGGCUCCUGAGGUCAUUCGAGGUGAGAUGUAUGAUGGACGUUGUGACUGGUGGAGCCUCGGAAUUAUCUUAUACGAGUGCCUGUAUGGCUUUACUCCUUUUGCCUGUGAAAACCGCCAUGAUACAAAGCUCAAGAUCUUACAUCACGCACGAAGUCUGCAAUUCCCAAGGGAAAAGCAAACCGACAAGCUGGUGUCUCAGGAAGCUGUCAAUCUCAUCAGCCGAAUCCUGCAAGAACGCCAUUACAGAUUAUGUUCUCAAGAGUAUCAAGCCAACGACGUGCUAUCAGGCCGCCCUGUCACUGCCCAAUUUCUUUAUUCCAUGGAUCCCCGAUACAAAGCUAUCACGAGCUACUUUGUGUAUCCAAAUGACGCUGCCGAUAUCAAAGCCCAUCCUUUCUUCAGAGGUAUUCGUUGGAAUGAGCUCCACAUGACCCAGCCACCACUUAUACCCAGAGUUCGAAACUGGGAGGAUACCAGGUACUUUGAUGAUUGGAAGGGAAUUGCUAAAAUUGACGAAGCAUCUCCCAAAAGCGACUCAGAAGGGGACGACACUGAUCGUGAGGAAAAGCUAGAUUCUGCUGCCCCAGAACAUCCCCAAUCCCAGCCGGGUCCUGCUCUUGAGCCUCCAACGACAGGCACCGCCCCUGCAAUGGCAGCUGAAGCCAGUGCUAAAAAGGCACAAGAAGCUGAGAGGCGAAGGGAGAGAAAGAGGCCUCGUGACAAGAUCCUGAGAGACAAGAAGAUUGGCAAAGCUGCUUUGGAGAUACGCAAGAAGGGUGCUUUCUUAGGUUAUACAUACCGUCGGCCGAGGGGCCCAGCUAUGGCUCUGCAGACUGAACGUGGAUGCCAACCUUUCAGUAGGGGUGAUUUGGCAGAGUUUUACGCUCUGUAA